GUCUCCCUUAUAUUUUUGACAGCUCGCACAAAGUUUGGGUACGCAUCACGCAUCCUGUUCGAGUCUGUCCAGGAGAAUUUGAGAUUUUCGCAACAUUUUGUGGACUUUUUGCCGUAAAAUGGUGAACAAAACGGAAACAAACGAUCGCGAGGUUAGUGACAAGAAACGCAGAAAGACGUCAGUAAACGAGUCAUCACCGACAAAGCUUUCCCGGGAGGAUCUGUACGCGAGCACAAUCGCCUUCGAGGAACAAGAAGCCAGUAAGCGUCCACCGGAAGCAGAUGCCCAGUUAUUCUACGGAACGUGCGAUGAACUGAAGAAGCUGUUUGACGAAAUAGCCACCUUGAAAAAGGAUAACUCCGACGAGGCCAAGGCAGCAAUCGCAGAGAAAAGAAUCGAAGGUUCUUUGGCGUUCGUUGCCCUGAAAAAGCUAAACCGGCUGGACAAGGUCCGGAUUCGUGAUGGCCGAGAAGCGCUGCAUAAAGAGAAACUACGUGUCGAUAGCAACCGGUUGCAGCUGCAGAACUUGCUUUAUGAGGCUGACCAUCUGAAGAAGGAGGUUCAACGGUGCUAUCUGUUCAAGAGCCAGGACGAGGAAAUCGAGCUGGUUCCGGUGGAUGAAUUUUACGAUAAGGCACCGGAAACGAUCUCACGCCCUGAGAAGACCAAGGAUGACGACCAUGCCCGGCGAUUGGCUCGAUUGGAGUGGGAACUUCAACAGCGAAAGGAACUGGAUGCCCACUGCAAAGAGUUGCAAGCUUCGAAGGCAAAAAUUGCCGACGAAAUUGUGUCGAAAACGGAACGGCUGGAUUCUCUGGCACCGCGCUUGAAGGAUUUGCUGGCAGCGACAAGACCGCUGCAGGAAGCACUCGAUAUGCCAAUCGAAAAGGGGUGGGAAAUCCAGAAAACGGUCCGUCUGCUGGUGCAGCCUCUAUAUAUGUUGUACGCAAAUGUUACGGCUUAUGGAGAGGCGUGUGAUCCGCUGCUGACCACAUCCGUCCAGGGUGACGAGGAAGAAGCUCGACAGAUAGAGAUAACCGGCAACAUCGAUUGUGAGUCCGAUGACGAUGCGGACAACGAGCGUGAAACGAGAGGAAGUUACAACCGUCGCAAGUCCAGCAAACAGCAAGAUCCGAUGAGACAGAAGCGUAAAGCUUUGGUCAAGCCACAUCCGCUGAGCGUUACCAUCACUAUUAAGAGCAAAGAGGGAAAGCAAUCGUUGGCUUUGACUUUCCAGUACGUCCCAACAGCGGGAUUUGUUACGGUAAAUUGUUCAUUGGUCGAUUUCGAAGUCAGUGGAGUAGCAGCAGGAGAUGUUAUGUCGCAGGAGAACAUCUUGAAUGAGCUGUUCCAAGAUGACAAUGGCGAGGGUAGCCCAAACCCGAAAACCAAGUUCCAAAUCCAAGAGGUUGGAAUCGGUAUGGACAAAUUCAUAUCGAUGAUGAAGGAAAAAGAUCUUGGUAAGCCAUACAAAUGGGCUCAGGAACUGUGCGGAAUCGAAUUCGUUGAUUCCGGUGAGAAAUUCCUCGCGGACAGCGACAAAUGGCAUAAAUCAAUUCCGACCAUAAUCAAGGCCAUUCGUACCCGCUGGGAGGCACGACUUAGACUAUAUCAGCAGGUUCAUGAAUUGGAAACUGGCAACGUGGAUACGACCAUCAACAUGGAGCACAACAAUCCGAUUCGUAUCUCCAGUACCUUGGUUCAGUGGACUGCACUGUCCUAUGCGGAAUACGUGGCUUCGAAUGUCACUGGAAAGUUUGUCGACCACAGCAGCUCUGCCGGAAAUGACCUCUAUUUCAGGGCGAUCAUCACACGUGGAUCAGCAAAGCUAGAGUGUUACAUUUGCAUUCCAUGUGACUUCCCUGAGAGUACCCCACUAUGGUCGCUUUCCUUGAACUGGAAUGGAAAACAUUCAGCGGGUGAUUGUGCUGCGGUCAGGGACAUGGAAUACUGGACCAACAGUUUGCAGGCGCCGAAGCAUCCAAAGUCCAUUCUAUCGUUGCAGCUGAAGCGAGCAAUGUCCUGCUUGGACAUCUACCUGGAAACCGAAGGACCCUCCUACACUCCGGCAGAGUUCACCCAGGACAAAACCUACCUGAAGCCUUUCCGUGGACGGGCCCGUUCCCGUCCGUUCCGUAUUGCGUCCAACGGAAGCAGCUCUGUUUUCACGCAAAUUUAAAUGUGUGUAAAUGAUUAGUAUUGAAAUGUGAAAAAAGUUCUCCCCUGAAACGAAUCAUUAAAUUUUCCAAUUACCUAUUCCUAA